CGAGCCUGUGACCGAUGCCAUCGCAAUGCCUGUAGGUGCUCGCCCGGUAUUGUGGGGACGACCUGUGGACGUUGCGAGAAACAGGCAGUAGAGUGCACAUACAAUAGGCCGGUGAAACGACGAGCCCCGCCUAGUGAGCCUUCUGAGCCUCCGAGAAGCCCAGGGAUCAAUGACGAAGCCAUGUACAACGGACCCUCCACUUCAGAUCUGUACUCGGCUCACGAAAGCCUGGUCAGCCCUGAGGCAAUUGAAAGUAUUAUGCAAGUAUUCUAUCAUAAUAUUUACCCCAUGCUGCCAUACUUUCACUGGCCGACCUUCCAUUACCAAGUUCGUCAGCAGCUCUAUCGGUCUGAUAGAGACGUCUUUGUCGUGGUAAUGUCUGUUUGCGCCUUAACUUCUGGGCAGCUACAAAACGGUAUCCGGAUACCCCAAGACCUCUACGAUAUCCGGGUCAAUGCCGCCACUGUCUCCUCCAAAUGCUACUGUGCGGCAGUUGAAGCCAUGCCAAAUGACAUCACUAGCGCUUCUGACUACUUGCAGGCAAUGAAGGCGAGUGCUAUACUGGCUGCAGUGUGUCUGCAAAAUGAAGACAUGAAAAAGACCGUUGCACACCUAGGAGAUUAUUUAUCUCUAUCUGUCAUGCAUGGUUUCUAUGCUGAAGCCAACUGGCCUGACGAUCUUACAGAGAUUGAAAAACAGGAGAGACGUAGACUGUUUUGGGGCGUAUAUCAACAAGAGCAGUAUAUCUCAACCAACUUCGGCUUGCCAUCUCGUCAGUGUGAAGCCAAGACAACAGUGUUAUAUCCGGCUGAAGUAUUUGAUGAUGAGGACAUAUUCGCAACUAGUAUUCAACUAAGGCCAGAUCGAGUCUCGUUCUUGCGUGGAUGGAACUACUGCACCGAUCUAUAUCGUCUGUUUGAAAACAUGAACGGCAUGAUGAGGGCGUGGCAGCAGGCCUCGGUUGAAGAGCCUAGAGGUCUAUUAAACUCAUUCCUUACUGGUGUUCGCCCCUCAAAGAAUCUCACUUACGAAAUUUUGAAUCUCAUCUCCAGAUUGUAUGAGGAAUUACCGCCUGAGCUCAAGGUAGUGAAAGAUAUAACAGGAGAUCCACAGAAGGAUUGGUAUGGGCUCAUCGCCAUGAACAUCGUCUUGACAACAAAUAAGAUCAAAAUGCUCCUUGCUGGGACUGAGAAGCCUAAUGUACACCUAAGGUGUGCCAUUGCAAGCGAGCUACUUGAUGAGAUCGAGGCUCUUCCCCGCGGAUUAUCCAGCGCAUUAAGCAUAGGCUCGUUGCACCACCUGUCUCACAUCGGCCACAUUCUCAGCUCCACCAUACCAACUCCUCUCUCCACACGGACAUACCUCUUAGUUCGCAACAUCCUGGUCGUUCUCGUGGAACUUUUGGAGAAUGUAGAGCUGUCCCGGCUGUCCAUACCAAAGGCUUCCAUCAGGCUCUGGGGACAGGUUGACCAGAUUGACCAAUAUAUGCAACAAAACCCCAAGCAAGAUCCGUCAUCUGGUCUUCUAACUAGCCAGAUCUUGCCAGAUACAAGUGCCAUAGGGAGCAUAAACUGCUCGAGCGCCGCUGAGUCCUUGAACUCCGCUCAAGAAUCAAAUUUUACCAUAUCGCAGCAAUCGACGAUGCAGAAUUCAGGAUCUGACUUCAUAUCUGCUCCCAUAUUAAGCACUUCUCACUCAACCGAUCUGUUCAAGGACUGGCCGGUAUUACCUGGGGAGACAGAUGCCUUGAACUCAGUUGCUACACUUUUAUCUGCCGGUAGCGGGACUUGUGGCCCGUAA